UGGAGAUGAAGGUCUGCCGAAUCCACUGUGCCCUGACCCUGCUGGGUUUGGCCCUGGCCAUUUGCAGCCAAGGAGCCGCCUCGCAGCCCGACCUGGACCUCCGCAGCCACAGACUCCUUCAGAGGGCUCGUGCCGCUGGCAUUGCCACACAGUGGAAUAAGCGAGCGGUGGAGGACAUUAUAUCCCAACUGUCCUUGCCUGAGGCCCAGGAAAGUGAGGUGUCCCCAGCGGGGGCUAAAGAGGACCUGCGUGUGGAGCUAGGGCGCUCAGUGGGCAACCCCAACAACCUUCCCCCCCGUGAGCGCAAAGCCGGCUGCAAGAACUUCUACUGGAAGGGCUUCACUUCCUGCUGAGGGAAGAAUAAACCGACCA